AUGGGCGGCUCUACCAAUGACGUCGACACCAACAUCAACACCGGCCCUGGUGUCGCUAUCGCAGCAACCCCGGUUCUAGAAGACAACAACCUGCGCCGUGAUCAGUAUGAGUCAAAGCAAAACCAGCUUCCCCUCACGGAGCAGGAUCCAGAGCACAAGACCACACCCUACCCGAGAAAAUCGCUGUCCUUCAAGCUCGCCUUCUCCGGACUCGCUCUCGUCCUUUUUGUCUUUCAGCUUGACGCAACAUGUCUGAGCAUUGCGCUUCCGGCCAUCUCCGGAGACCUGCGAGGCACCAGUCUGGAGUCGUUCUGGGCAAAUCUGGCCUACAGCCUCUGUGGUCUGGUGAUGCAGCCCGUCUCUGCCAGCAUAUCCCAAGCCUUCGGCCGCAAAUACCCUCUCUACGUGUCCGUGGCAUUCUUCUCCGUCGGGUCCGUCGUCUUCGCGACGGCUAAAUACAUGAGCACCCUCAUCGCCGGCCGUGUCCUCCAGGGCAUUGGCGGCGGAGGCAUCGACGUCAUGGCCUCCGUCAUCCUGGCCGACAUGACGGCCCUAGAAGAGCGCUCAAAGUACCUUGGCCUUAUGGCUAUCCCCUCCGCCGUCGGCAACGUCAUGGGCCCUUUCGUCGGCGCCCUGUUCUCGACUUACGCCUCGUGGAGAUGGAUCGGAUGGAUCAACCUACCGCUGCUGGGUGUCGGCACUAUCCUGCUGUUCUUCUUCCUCAAGCUCCGUGCCGUCCCGCUCGGCGCUACUCUCGUCAGCAACCUCAAACGCCUCGACUUGGUCGGCAUGCCCCUUAUCGUCGUCGGCAUCAGCAUCUUUUGCGUGCCCGUCAGCUGGGCCGGAUCCCUGUUCCCAUGGGCAUCGUGGCAGACUCUUGUGCCGCUGCUCCUGGGCGUCGCCAUGAUCGCCGUGUUCGCCUGGUACGAGUCCAAGCCCGCGGCACCCAUCAUCCCCCAUCGCCUCUUCCAGUCAAAGACGGGCAACAUGGCUCUUGUGGGCGGCUUCGUCCACGGCAUGGUCCUCAUCUCGCUGCUGCAGUAUCUGCCGCUGUUCUACCAGGCCGUCCAGCUCGAGACGGCAAUCUCGGCGGCUGUCUGCUUGCUACCCACCGUCAUCGUGAGCGUCGUCGUCGCGGCCGUGUCCAUGAUGAUGGUCCCGCUCUUUGGGGGUUACGUCUGGCUUCUCCGACUGUCCUGGGUCAUCACCGCGCUGGGGACUGGUCUGCUGGCACUCUUCACAGUAGACUCGCCAAGGUCGAUGCUCGACGGGCUGCCGAUUCUCUGGGGCCAGGGCGUCUCGCUGCUGCGUCUGAUGAUGCUCCCUGCGCAGGCGAGCGUCAAGCACGCUGACGAUGAGGGGCUGGCGACGGCGAACUUUCUCACCAUUCGCAUGUUCGGAGCUCUCGUCGGUCUCGCUAUUUGCUCGCCCAUCUUCAACACUGUCUUUUCGACUUCCAUCUCGGGAGCAACGGUCGAUCUGGCGGGGCCGUUGGCACCGUUAAGAGAAGCCUCCAACGCUGUGAACUUCAUCGGCGAAUUGAGGACUCUCGAGGUCCCUGCGUCGACGCUGAAUCAGGUUCUGCAGGUCUACCUCGAGUCAUUCAAGGCAAUCUUUUACACCAUGGCCGCACUGGGCGGGUUGGGUCUGGUGUCGUCGGUCUUCUUAGAAGAGCUCGAGUUGAGGAGGAAGGACCGUGGGAACCAGCAGUUUGAGGAUGAUCCGAGUGAUCAGAAAGGCCUUGUUCCUUAG